UACUUGUUGGCAGGUUGUGAUGAUGGCUGCUAUGUUUGGGACAUAACGCUGAAUAAAAAAGAAGGAAGAUGUUCCUACCAUGCAGAAUUCAGUUUUCCGAUCUACAAAAAAAAAUCAGAGGACAAUGAUUAUCAUACUAUAGAUGGACUGGUGUUUCUGAAUGAUGAUCUAAUUGCUUCUAAAAGUGCCAUGCAAGGAUCCAUAUACAUUUGGAGCUGGAAGAAGUCUUUCCCUAAACAGCGCUCUAUGAACUCCUCCAAGAAGGCGGAGGCAGCUGUACUAGCAGAGCUUAAGUGGUCACAGACUGAACUACCAUACCUCACACUCACAAAUUCUUCAGAAGGACUCUGCCUAUUCUGUGGCGAUGAGGCUGGGAAAGUGUGGAUUUAUGACCUUGAAACCUGUCAA